UCUUGACUUGACUUGACUUGGAAACAGGAGUUGGGGGAUUUGGGAUUAGUUGGGAGAUGCAGUAUGAUUUUUAUGGCGAUCCAUUCAUUUCUAUUUUCUCUCUCUGCUAACUCUGCCUUGAAGAAGAAGUAGAGCAUACAGUUUGUGGGUUGGUGAAAAUUGGGGAAUGGAAGCUGUGGCAGAAGGGCUGUGGGGACUGGCGGAUGAGUUUGAGAAGAAGGGAGAGAUAGGGAAGGCGGUGAAGUGCUUGGAGGCAAUCUGCCAGUCUCACGCUUCCUUCCUUCCCAUCGUUGAGGUGAAGACUCGACUCCGCAUAGCCACUCUUCUGCUGCGCCACUCUCACAACGUGAACCAUGCUAAGUCCCACCUCGAACGCUCACAAUUGCUCCUUAAUUCCAUACCUUCAUGCUUCGACUUGAAGUGCCGAACUUACUCACUGCUCAGUCAGUGCUACCAUCUCGUUGGGGCUAUCCCUCCUCAGAAGCAGAUCUUGUACAAGGCUCUUCACCUUACUUCUGCGGCGGCUCCCGAUGUUUCGGCCAAGUUAUGGUGUUGCAACUUCAAUUCUCAGCUGGCAAACGCUCUGAUUAUUGAAGGAGACUACCAGAACUCAAUCUCCACUUUAGAAUCAGGUUAUGUAUCCGCUACUCAAAUUUGCUAUCCGGAGCUUCAGAUGUUCUUUGUGGCUUCUAUCCUGCAUGUCCGCCUCCUUAUGCAAUGGGAUGAUCAAACUGCGAAUGAGGUUGAGCGAGCUCUUCAGAGAUGCAAUCAGGUCUGGGAGACUAUGCCCUCUGAUAGGAGAGCCCACUGCAUGGGUUUACUCUUUUACAAUGAGCUUCUCCACAUCUUCUAUCGACUUCGUGUCUCUGAUUACAAGAAUGCUAUCAAACACGUGGACAAAUUGGAUGCUGCUAUGAAGCAAGAUUCCAAGUCUCGGGGACAGCUUACCCGUUUUACUACUACCACAACCACUUCAGCUGGAAAUGAUUCUCUUGAACCCACAUAUUUUGGAAAUGCCAAACGGGCAUUGCAAGAUAAGCUUUUCCUCGCACCACCUCCCAUUAAUGGGGAAUGGCUGCCAAAAAGUGCUGUCUAUGCCCUUGUUGAUCUUAUGGUCAUCAUUUUUGGCCGUCCAAAAGGAAAUUUCAAAGAGUGUGAUAAACGAAUUCAGUCUGGAAUACAUAUCAUCAAAGAGGAACUCAUCAGGCUUGGUAUAACUGAUGAUGUGAGAGAAGUGGACUUGCAGCACUCCGCGAUCUGGAUGGCUGGUGUAUAUUUAAUGCUGUUGAUGCAGUUCCUUGAGAAUAAAGUGGCUGUGGAGCUUACACGGUCUGAAUUUCUUGAAGCUCAGGAGGCAUUGGUGCAAAUGAAGAACUGGUUCAUUCGCUUUCCAACAAUUUUACAAGCUUGUGAGAGCAUCAUCGAAAUGCUUAGGGGGCAAUAUUCCCAUUCUGUUGGCUGUUAUAAUGAAGCAGCUUUUCACUAUGUAGAAGCUGCAAAGAUAACUGAGAGCAAAUCAAUGCAAAUCAUGUGCCAAGCUUAUGCAGCCAUUUCAUACUUCUGCAUUGGUGAUGCUGAAUCGUCUUCACAGGCGCUUGAUUUAAUUGGACCAGUUUACAGAAUGAAGGAUUCCUUUGUUGGAGUUCGUGAGGAAGCAAGCAUCCUUUUUGCUUAUGGCCUUCUAUUGAUGAAGCAGCAAGAUCUACAAGAAGCACGAAACCGGCUGGCCAAGGGUUUGCAGAUUGCUCAUGUUCAAAUGGGAAACCUCCAACUUGUUUCUCAGUAUUUGACCAUUCUUGGGAAUUUGGCACUUGCUCUUCAUGACACUGGACAAGCCAGAGAGAUCCUAAGAUCCUCACUAACUUUAGCGAAGAAGCUUGGUGAUAUCCCAACUCAGAUAUGGGUUCUGUCUGUUUUGACAGGUCUUUUUCAACAAUUAGGUGAGAGGGGAAAUCAAAUGGAGAAUGAUGAGUACAGAAGAAAAAAGUUCGAUGAAUUGCAAUCGAGACUUGCUGAUGCACGUUCAUCCAUUUAUCAUAUUGAACUUAUUGACAAAGUAAAACUUCAAGUUCAGCAAUUUCAUGAGAUUGAUAUGAAGCGUACAAUGGCAGGCGAAUCUAUGAGAGUCAAUCUUGACAUCCCAGAAUCAGUUGGCUUAUCAACACCAAUGCCAGUCCCAUCAUCAUCAAGGCUGGUUGAUUUAGAUACUGGAAGACGUGGUAAGAGAAAACUUUAACUUUUUUUAACAUAUUUUCUUGUUUAUUUGAUUUAGGGAAAUGGUGUUAGCACUUGUAUGUAUAGAUUUCCUAGUAAGGUUAUUUUCAGAAAGACAGCAUCACCCUUCUCAUUGUUAUUGCUGUUUAAUGUCUUUUUCUUUAGUAAAAAGAAUCGUCUCUAAAAAAUUGAUGCAA